AUGUCUAUUACUAAAGUAGAAGUUUUGAGACUUUAUAAAAACUUGAUGAUAUAUUCUAAAUCUCUGAAAUUCACGGACGUUACAUAUUAUAAAAAAAGAAUAGCUAGUGAAUUUAAGCGUAAUAAAAGUCUUGAUAAAGCUGAAGACAUAACUUACGCAUAUAAGAAAGGGGAAGCUUUGCUGCUAAGAGAUUACACACAAGUACCAAAAAUUAAUGAAAGUGACUUGAUAGAAAAUUUCGUAAGAGGAUCAGGACCCGGUGGGUCUGCUGUUAAUAAAAAUUCUAAUUGUGUAGUUCUCACUCAUCUUCCUACAGGUGUUGUCGUCAAGUGUCAUACUAGUCGAUGUCAGGAUGAGAAUCGAAAAAACGCACGUGAAAUGUUAGUAUCAAAAUUAGAUGAAAUAUUAAAUGGUAAAAACAGUGUGUCAGCUCAAAAGAAAAGGUUAGAAGAGCAGAAAUAUAGAAAAACUGAAUAUAAAAAGAAAAAAAAGGCUCAACUUAAAGAAGAAUGGAAGAAAAGGGAGGGAUUGCUC